CAGACGGUGCCCAUUGAUUCCUUCAUCUGCCCCGGCAGCAGCUUAUCCAGGAAGGCAGCCGCGCCAAGAACCAGCAACAAAACCCGAGCCUAGGAGACGAGAGGAGAAGAGAGAACCUAUUCUCCCCCCACUCCCACUCCUCGCCACACUUGGAGAGUCGUCGGUCGAUCGGCGCCAGUGCACAAUGUUUCAAGGGUGCGGCCUGUUCGCGUGCGUGAGCCGGCGCGGCGCCGACGUCAGGAAGCGGGGCGAGGCGGGCGCGGCCAGCUCGCGGGUCGCGGCGGAGCCGGCGGUGUGGGAGGAGGAGGAGGAGGCCGGCGGCGCCGCCAGGCGGAUGGCGUGGGCGGAGGUAGAGUCCGCCACGGGGGCCUUCUCGUCCCGCGUCAUCGGCCAGGGCGGCUUCAGCACCGUCUACCUCGCCUCGCUCUCCUCCGCCCGCCUCGCCGCCGUCAAGGUGCACUGCAGCAGCGAGCGCCUCCACCGCGCCUUCCGCCAGGAGCUCGACGUGCUGCUCUCCCUCCGCCACCCGCACAUCGUCCGCCUGCUCGGCUACUGCGACGAGCGCGACGAGGGCGUGCUGGUCUUCGAGUACGCGCCCAACGGCGACCUCCACCAGCGGCUCCACGGCGGCGAGGAAGACGCGGUGCCCCUGCCGUGGUUGCGCCGCGUGGCGAUUGCGUUCCAGGUGGCCACGGCGCUGGAGUACCUCCACGAGGGCCGCAGCCAGGCGGUCGUCCACGGGGACAUCAAGGCGUCCAACGUCCUCCUCGACGGUAACAUGGACGCCAAGCUCUGCGACUUCGGCUUCGCGCACUCCGGCGUCUCGGCCACGGCGGGCCGCGGCAGGUCGUCUGGGCGCGCCAUCAUGGGCUCCCCGGGUUACGUCGACCCCCAGCUCCUCCGCACCGGCGUGGCCAACGAGCAGAGCGACGUGUACAGCUUCGGCGUGCUGCUGCUCGAGCUGGUGACCGGGAGGGAGGCCGUGUGCCGCGAGACCGGACGCCGUCUUACCGCGGUGGUGUGCCCCACGGUCAGCGAGGGGAACGUGGCCGAUGUGGUGGACCGGAGUCUCACCGGCAAGUACAGCGCCGACGAGGCGGCCGUCGUCGCGGAGCUCGCGAUGCGGUGCGUCAGCGACGCCCCCGGGCUCAGGCCGUCCAUGGCGGACGUGGUGCACGUGCUCCAGGAGAAGACCACCGCGUUGAUCUCGGCCGUCGGAUCCAGAUUGGACCGCAGGAUGAUGUUCUAGCCUGCCUGGCUCAUGGCUGGUGCUGUUGAUUGUGAUUUGUGAAUAGUAAAUUAGUAAUGUUAGGGCAGGUAGAAGAAUGAAUGGUCUCUGCAGUGUGAGUACUCAGAUUAGCUUAAGCCUUGGGAUUAGGUAGAAAUUUUUGUGAUGUCAUGGCACAUACUCCUACUACUAUAUUGUAGCACCAGUGGCAUGACAAUGGCAGUGGUAGUUCAGUGGUCUAAUUCUGGCGCGUAUCAGGUCCAAUGAACGGGUAAUUUUAUAUUA